AUCUGUAGAAUGAACUUAAGAUUUGCCAAGAUUUGUCUACUUUAUUUACAUCGAUUUACAGUUACAUUUUGCAUUCUAAAUUAAUUUACAUUAACUAUAUAAAAAUAAACCUUUUAGAACAACAACUUAUAAUCAAUUAAACUUAUUAGCAAAAAAAAACAAAUAAAAUCUCAUUCAUUAUUUUGUUAAAACAUUUAUAAUGGUGAGGUAUGGAGUCCAGAAUACCAACGAUAGAAUACAAAGAAGAGAGAGGAACCGAGUUAACAGAUCCUCGUCGAUUGUUGAUGAUGACGAGGAUAAUGAUGAAGUUGAUAACAUUCAGAGCAGAUAUCUUCACCCUAUAAAUGCAAGAAACACGAGUUCCAUUUCUGAUGAAUUUACUGAUGACGAUGAAAGGGAAAGAGAAAAUUCGUGCGACUCAUACGUAGAAGACUCCUUUCAGCAAUCCACUAUAGAUAAGAAAGAGACCAAAAAUUAUUCAAGUGUUGUUAUUGUAGCAGUCAUUUUUAGCAUUAUUGGAGUUAUAUAUAUGUUCUAUUUACACAAUAAUAGGCAAAACCAAAAUAUAUAUGAUGAAAGUAAAUUUUAUAGUGAUAUAGAUUAUUUAUGUAAAAAUUACAAAAUCAACUACAACUCUAUAAUGCAGAUUCAAUCAGUUAUUUCCACAACAUUUCGGAAAGAAGAUGCUGCAUCACUUAUAUUCACAUAUAACAGUGCUAAUUCUAAUUUUAAUCCAGCAAAUUUUAAUCAAUUUAUGAAUGAUCUUGCCUUCACUACAGCCAGAUAUCUUCGCAAUGACAAUAACAUUCACAACCAUGUUAUUGUGGAUAGCACUAAACUUGAUAUGAAAGUCCAUAGUGAACUCAUCGAAAGAUACAGAAAUGAUGUUACCAAAACCGGUGUUAUGUUAGUCACAGAUCUUGACGAAGUGCCAUCAUCUCUUGCAAUGGCCUUCCAUUAUUAUUGUGAUGAAUUUAAUCCUCUUGUCAAGAAAAGUGCUAUACUUUUCACUCUCAAUAUGGCAAAAUGUUCAGAUCCCAAAAUAACACAUGCAAGUGUUGAAAAAUGCUUGGCUAAGAAAUGGACAAUAAUUCCUAAAGACAAUAUCGUUCCCUUGUUGACUAGAAUAGUAAAUGUUGUUAUUGAUGUUACAAAUGUUAUCUAAACAGUGAAUUAAAAUGAUUCACUUAAUUUUCCUUAAUGUAAUAUUCAACAAAAUCUAAAUUUGAAAAAUAUCCAUAUGCUGAUAAUAAACUAGAGAAAUAUGAAAUCAAUUAAAUGCAAUAAAAUAGUAUUUAUCUGAUACUGGCUGUCGCCCGCGACAACGUACGCGCGGGAUUAGCAAAAAAAUUGGUAGCCGAUGUAUUCUUCCAGACCGUUUUCUACAUCUAUGACAAAUUUCAGCGAGAUUUGUGCAGCCAUUCUGCAGAUAACUUCCAACAAAACAUCCAUCCAUCUAAACAUUUGCAUUUAUUAAGAAGUAAUAACUUAAAACUUAAUAAAUUAAUUUGCAGAAAUUGUGAUAUCGCUCGUAACCAGUGUUCUUUAGACGGUCUGCAAUUAUUUGUCCUCCAUGUGUUUUUUAAUUUAUUAUAUUAGUUAAGUAAAAAAAUUUAAGAGUAAUAAUUGCAUGAUGGAUUUCACUUGGUUUUAUUGUUGAAAUAAGGUAGGUUUUAUAAUGAAGUUUUUUCUUUUGUGUAUUAAUUUCAUAUAGGUGAGGCUCAAAAAAAGCUAAAUUAACUUGUUACAUUUGCCCUGUAUUCUCUCUCUGUAGUUAAUUUCUAUCUUUACUUAUGAAUAAAAAAAAACUCGAAUGAGACUGAAUGAUUGUAAAUAAUGUAAUUAUUGCUUUAGCCUGGAGAGAAUUUCUCUGUGAUGACAAGUAGUCUAAAAAGUUUACCAUUAAAAAUGUUAAAUUGUAUAAAUUCUUUUUCAUCAUGAAAUAACCAACCUUAUUAGCACUACUUGUCUUAUUUAACAUAUUGUAUGUUUAGUUAAAAAGAUGAGUAUUUAAACUGUAUUUAAUUUUUAUACAUUUAUCAUAAAAUGAUACAAUUUCUUUGUAAUCAGCUAAAUUAAACAAUUUAAAUUGCACAAGUACUUUUUUAUUAUACCAUUUCUAAUUUUUAUAUCCAUUAUUAGCUGUCGUGUGUCUGUCAACUUCGUCCGUGCGCAGUUAAAAAAAACUUAAUAAAUAGCCUAUGUGUUCUUUCAGGCUUUAUUCUACAUCCAGAUCCUAGAGCCAGAUUUCAGCAAGAUCCAUGCAUCCGUUCUGGAGAUCCAACAAAUAAUCAUGCAUCUAAACAUUCAAAUUUAUAAUAUAAUAUAGAUAGAUGUCGCAAUAGGGAUGCAAUGUAAUUUAAUUUUUUUCAUCAACAUCACGUACAAAUAUGCUGAAUUUACAUUAGCAAUAAUAAGGUUUUAACUGUGUUAUUAUUAAAUUGAAUAAAACUAAAAAAAAGUAUGAUUUUUAAUAUGAAAAUUUUAGACAAUUUAAUUAAGCUAGAAAAUUAUCCCACAAGCAGCAAUGUAGUUAAAAAUUUCAAAUUAAAAAAUAAUGGUUCUAAAAAAAGUAAUAUUUCACUUCACUUCCAGGAAACUGUACCUUUGUAGUUUUCCACUGCAGUGAAAUUUGACACAUAUUGUUGUCUCUGUUUUUUCAAAGAGAAUGUGAGGGAUGAAAAUAUGUGUCAAUACAAGUGUCAUAGAAGUCAGCCCACAGAAUAUCAAGAGGCACAUAAUAUUUUUUU